AUGUCUGUGACGAUAUGCCAGUCCAUGGGCUUCGUGGUGUCGGCUUUAGGAAUAGGAGGCAUGAUAGCAUCAACGUGCAUGGACCAGUGGAGCACCCAAGAUCUGUACAAUAACCCAGUGACAGCUGUAUUUAACUACCAGGGCCUGUGGCGCACGUGCGUCAGGGAGAGCUCCGGCUUCACCGAGUGCCGCGGUUACUUCACCAUCCUUGGGCUGCCAGCAAUGUUCCAGGCAGUGAGGGCCCUCAUGAUUGUGGGCAUUGUCCUGGGUAUCCUUGGCCUCCUUGUGUGCAUUUUUGCUCUAAAAUGCAUCCGUAUCGGCAACAUGGAAGACUCUGCAAAAGCCAACAUGACUCUGACCUCCGGCAUCAUGUUUAUUGUUGCUGGUCUGUGUGCCAUCACUGGAGUGUCUGUGUUUGCCAACAUGUUGGUGACAAACUUCUGGAUGUCCACUGCCAACAUGUACCAGGGAAUGCAGAACAUCCAGAUGAGGUACACUUUUGGCUCAGCCUUGUUUGUUGGCUGGGUAUCGGGAGGCCUGGCCCUCAUCGGAGGUAUUAUGAUGUGCCUUGCUUGCCGAGGGCUCAUUCCAGAAGAAUCCCAUUACAAGGCAGUGUCCUACAACGCGUCGGGAAGGAACAUCUCCUACAGAACUGGACCAUACAAGGUUGGGUCUGGUUACGAACCUGAGGUAAAGACUAGAAAAGGUGCAGGAUAUGAAGAAGCUGCUCGAAGCGAGGACGGAAGACGCUCAUACCCUUCAAAAUACGACUAUGUUUAG